AUGUACUCAUCUCGGCGCACACCUAAGGCCAACGAUCCAUAUGGCGAAUUUCAUCUGGUGUUGAAUAAAGUGCACAGCGAUGCUGAUAGACCAUCAACUGAGUGGCUGAACAUGGGCUACUGGAAGACUGAGACCAUAUUCCCGAAGGCAUGCGAAGCUCUUGCCUUACUUCUUUGCAAGUCGGCCCGAAUAAAGAAUGGGGACAGAGUACUAGACGUCGGCUACGGUUGUGGCGAUUCUCUGCUCCUGUUCCUCACACACGAGGAUAUUCCUCAGCUCCGCUCUCUUAGCGGGAUAACCAGUCUUCCGGCUCACCACUACAAAUCCAGAGUCAGGAUGGACGAGCUGCUAUCUUCCGAGCCAGGACUAGCUGCUCGUACGUCGGUUGAGUUAUUCGAAGGAGACGCGGUCUGGCGUGAGGGGGUGACUUCAACUCAACACCCGUUGUCUCGUUACUCACGACGGGAUUUCGACGUCAUCUUCGCUCUCGACUGCGCGUAUCACUUCAACACCCGCCGAGAAUUCUUAGAGGAGAGCUUUGCCCACCUUGCACCGGGUGGACGCAUUGCUUUAGCCGACAUCUGUUUCGACCAAACGCCAGCAGGCGCCGUGACACUCCUGUUAUCCACUAUUCUGCGGACUAUGCCGCGCGCAAACGCCACUUCAAAAGUUGAUUACGCUGCUGGCAUGACAGAUAUAGGCUUCACGGAGGUGACUAUGCAGGAUAUCACAGAGGACGUCUUUCCCGGAUUCAUGUGCUUUCUAUCCACACAAAGCAUGGCGUUCCGGCUCUUGGGGAAGAGCAUAGGACUGUUGCAGACUCUGGGUGCCCGCUUUGUAAUAGUUACGGGAACACGUACCGCUUAA